GGCGAUAAAGAUAGUGGAAAUAGCCCUAAAGAUGCACGAGGAACCAUCAACAACAGUACAUCGGUAUCGUCCAGUUAGUGUCUAGUAGUGGUCAAGAAAACAAGAUGUUUAACAGUGCCAGUGGUGUGUUUGUUGACAUUGAGAUUGAAAGAGAUCCAGAAACAGACGAUGCCGGUCAUGGAGAUUUUGAAACGGCCAUCAAUUUUGCGAGGUUCGGAAAGUUCCAGAAAAUUCUUCUGGCCAUCAGCGGUCUUAUCUAUGCGACUUGUGCGAUAAGCUCGACAACGCUUUCUUUUGUCUUACCAUCGGCACAAUGCGACUUCAGAUUGACAUCGGUGGACAAGGGCAAGCUAUCAGCAAUGCCAUUGGUCGGAAUGUUGUUUGGCUGUUGCUUGUGGGGCUCUCUGGCUGAUUCACAUGGCAGAAAAGUAGCAAUAAUAUUAUCAUUGCUAUUGGAUUUUUUGUCUGGAUUGAUAUCAUCGUUCGUAACCGAUUUUAAUUUGUUUUUGGCUUGUAGAUUUUUCAACGGAUUUGGGAUUAUUGGUGCAACCAGUAUUAUAUUCUCAUAUCUUGGAGAGUUUAUCUCCAUUAAAGACAGAGACAGGAUAUUAGGAAAACUGGAAAUUUUCUGGAACAUUGGAAUAAUAAUCCUGCCAGGAGUUGCAUGGUCUUUACUGGGUAAAAAGACCAUAGAAAUAAUAGAAGAUGGAGGUAGUUUUAGUCCAUGGAGGACCUUUGUAUUGAUAUGCAGUCUGCCCAGUCUUUUUAGUGCAGUUCUCCUGUAUUUCCUACCAGAAACGCCAAAGUACCUUAUAUCAAAGAAAAUGUACGAAAAAGCCAGGCUAGUGUUUCAGAAGAUUUAUACUUUUAAUACAGGAGAUGAUGGAGAUAAUUUUCCAGUUCAUCAUUUGCAAGAAGAAGACAACAACAAUAAGAUGGAACAAAAGCAUAAAAACGAAAAGAAGAAUUUCUGGAAAGACAGUCUUUCCAAAUUGCACGAUUUGAUUGAAACUCUGAGAAGCCAUCAGUAUUUACGAUAUUUGGGUAUUACUUGCUUUGCUGACUUUGGUUUAAUGGCCAGCUACUACACAUUGGUAUUAUGGUUCCCUGAGAUUUUUGAACGUUUUGACAGUAUUGGAAUGAAACAUUCCAAUAACACGAGAGGAGUAUGUGCGAUAUCACAAACUCAUAUUCAGCCCAGUAAACAUCACGACAGUGAAUGCGAUCCAUUCAUUGAGAACAAAGUGUUUUCAACGUUACUUUAUAUACCUUGA